GCCUUAGAGGGCUUCAUGCGCCCCAGCGCUGACAGCAGCCAUUUGGCACAAGGGGGUUCAAAGGCAACCCCUGUCAUAUCUGUCAUGACCCGCACCAGCUUUUACAUCGAUUGUUCACCGGGAUCCUUGGGCAUCCCGCAGUACGACGCAGGCGUGCCCAGUUGGGCACCGCCAGCGAAGUGUCCGUUGGACCAGACACCUUCCCUGGUCGAUGGAGGUGCGGCCAAGAACUGCCGACCACAUCAAGAGGAGUGCCGAAGGAUACACAAGGCACUUGAGAGCAAGAACUUGCAGCCAAGCGUUAUGUUUUGUCCGCUGGGAGAUUUGGUGUUCCUCCAUUAUAAUGAUGGUGAUGCCUGGGAGCGCUGCUGCAUUUCCGAGAAUAUCUUCAAUGGAAAUUUGAGCGCCAAAUGCGAGGCGCUUUAUGAGAAACCCAUACCAGUGAUGGAACCUCCAAGUCCUCCAGAUCCCAUCCCAGUGACUACCACUGAGAAGAUCACGGCGGCAGCGAAACUGGCGGCGUUGUUGGCCAAAGAGAUUGCUCUGGAGAUGGCCGCCAAACUGGGCUUUGGCGGCUGUGGUAAAGCAUGCAAGGCCGAUGGCUUUGUAGAUCCACCGCCGAUUUGCCUCAGCAACCCGCGCCGAAGAAGUCAUUGUGUCUACAUGGGAAAACCAGGAGAGCUCUUUGCAAAGAAGCCCAUGGUUGGGGAAGCUGGCUACAAAGUGGUGGAGUUGUCCAUGCCAUGGCCGCUUUCCAUUGCCUGCCAGGUUGAAUCGCGGCCGGUAGGUGUUACAAUUGCAGAAACCCAACACCAGAAGCAGCGGAUCGGCGCUUUUCUGUGUGGCUCUUUGCCUUGGUGGUUUCGUGAUUGCAGCGGCAUUUGUUCCGCUGCCAUGGGUCUGCUGCCCAGCUACUGCUUUGCGAAAGUAGACCGUGCCCUAGCUCUGCUGGCAUGCUGGGCGAUCGCCAAGACGCCAAAGGCGGUGGAAAUUGGGAUGGAUCGGGAGAUCACCGUGAUCAAUUGGACCUGGCACAACCCGCCGGGAUUUGAGGAUGAUGAGAGGCGGAGCCUGGCAAAGCUGAACUUGACGCUGAAAUCCUCUUUCCUUUUGGCUGAGCUGGAAUCGCGAGCAAGACUACAGCUCUUCUCUAUUUUGGGUGCUUUGGGCAACCGCCGUGCCAUCCAAGUCAAAAUGGUUUGUGUGGAGGGUGUGCGUUUCAACACCCAGAGGAACGAAGAGGCUCUGCUGAACCUUUGGGAAGCGUUGCAUUUGGAUGACGGGGCCAACGAGGCCACCAUCGUGCAUGGCGCGCAUCAGGUGGGUGGCUUGGAUCAUCCGCACAUGGUGAAGCAACUGCAUUCUGAAGCCGGACGGAAGACCCCACGAGACCAUCGCCUCAGACGGCAGGAUACUCAAUUGGGAGACCCUUUGCGUCGACCACGCUGGGGAGUGCCUGUCCGCUUCAAGAUCGAGCAGGUGUGCGUCAUUGGUGCCAAACUCUGGCUGUUUGAUUUGCUCACUACGGAUCGACGCUGGAGAUUAGUGGAGCCCAAGGACACUCGGAUGGAGGUUGCUGCUCUGGCCUUCCCCUGGGAGACCUUAUCCAAACGCGACCCUCGCCGUGAUGGUCAUGGUGAUGGGGUGAAAGGUGUCUACCUCGGAGAACUGGUGUGGGUGCUCAUCGCGCAGCUGUUGCCACGCGUCCUGGAAAGCUCUCCGCGAAAUCUGCUUAAAACAGCACUUUUUGCGGUUGGCUUUGGUGCUUGGGAUGCUUCUGUCAUCAUGGGCGCCAAAGCCUUUGAGCUGGCUCUGGAUGCCAAAUACUGCCUUACGAAUGUGAUGCCUUGCAUCCCGACCACGCUGCCACGACAACCAUCUUUGAGUAGAUGCUUCGUGCAUGUGCACCUGAUUUGUGGCCGGGGCCUAGUUCGAGAGCAGGAUCAGUACUGCAACGUCCUGGUGCGCCUGGAGCUAAAGAACCCGCAGACCCCACAGGGACAGGUGGCGGAUGUUGCCUUGGCCCCGCUGCGGAUGUGGACAAAAUCGCCCUGGUGGGAUCAGAGGUUCUGCUUGGGUCCAGCAACUUCGACAAGCUCUUUGGUCCGAAUCCGAUGCUUCCACCGCAAGGCUCGGCACAUGAUGUCGACCAAAUGCGAUGGAUUGCUUGGCCAGGUCCUGGUCCCGCUAAGCCAGAUCUUGGCGGAAAGCCGGCGGACCAAAGAUGGAGCCAUGGUGCGAUGGUUUCCGCUGGAUGCUGCCUCCAUGAUGGUGCCAAGACAUGGCCAUUUGAAGCUGGGUUUCCGUCUCAGCGGCCAAGCGCACCUCUCGCAGCAGCAGGCAAUGAACCCGAGAAGUCACAGCUGUGUGCAUCCCUUGCCCCAGAUGCCGGACUUGUCCUCCAGUUGA